UCAAUUUGGCAUACAACCUUUUUCACUUUACCAUACUGUGCCAUUAUGCUCUGUACAAUUUUUUUUUUAAAUUUUAUUCUUUUUCAACCAACUACUUAACGAUUGAGAUGGGGUAGCUCCAUCACUGCAAUAGAAGCUGUUCAUAGAUCGUUUUCUCCACAGGAUGGGAUUGAUGCUGCAAACCUGUUAAAUAUUUAUAUGUUUAUGAGGUCUUGUUCCUGUAUGAAUCUGUUGCACACCUAAUCACAGGUAUGGGUUUUGAAGAUGGUGCUAAAAAGGAGGUUGAAAAAGUUAUUGGUGUGAAAAAAUCAAAGGGUUUUCCUCUUGGUGGGAGUGGAACUAGUCUAGCUUCUAUGGAGUCCUUGUCCAUGCCUCAGGUUCAAGAGCUUGUUCUCUCUGCAGACAUGCAAUGUGAAAAGUGCCAGAGAAGGGUUUCUGAUAUUAUUGCAAAAAUGAAUGGUAAUGUGAAUACAGAGGAAGAGAAUAAAAGCAAGCAUGAAUUUUGAAUAACAUGUGUGAAGAAAUGUGAAUUUGGAAUAAUAAUAUGGCAGCUUUGAAGUAGAAAUGGUGCAGCAGACGUGCAUGGAAUCACAUUGAAGCAUGGGAAUAUAAACAUGUAAGAAGAAAACGCAGGGGCCCAACGUUUUUCAUUUACAAAACGUCUUGGGACCAAACGUUUUCAAAUUAGAAAAUGUGAGGGGGUAGACGUUUUCUAGUAGAAAACGUAUGGGGUGAAGUUUUCCAUAUGAAAACGUGUGGGGGCUGGGCGUUUUCAAAGUGAAAACGUUUUGGGGUAGCACGUUUUUAGGUUUUAAUUUUUUUUCCUAUUCGCACCCCAACCCAUUAUUUCGGUUCCGGAUACUCGUACGCUUUUCGUAAAUAAUGCUAUAUCAACCUCCUUCAAGUCCUUUUAUAUACAAUAACACCACCAUUUGUUUUGUACCAAUUUUUCUUUGCAUACACCACUCGCUUCACAUCUCAAA